CAAGAUAAUAUAUAAUCUCGAGUUCUAGCUGCCAUAUGUCCAGGAGUACAAGUACCUCUAUUCCGAAGCAUUGGGCAUAUAUUCUAAUAAGGAGACGGCCGCAGAGGCUGCAAUCCCUUAUAACGCCAGCGUACCUUCCAAGAUACAUCCCGCCGCAGUUUGUCCUCGGAUAAAGCAUGUUCCGUGAAUACCUGAAGAGAAUGCGACGGUGCUCAAGAUAAGGGACAAGGAUGGCUGCUCGUAGGAAGAAAUCGUUAAAGUCCUCCCCUACCAGACCCCAGGGACGAUCCAGCAGUACUACUAUGCGAUCCGAGCGGGUGCUGGCGAAGCCGAUGUCUCGGGCGGCCAGCAGCAGAAGAGACGGCGAGGCCGGCCCCGGAAGCAUGAGGUUUUCAGAGAUGUUAUGUGAAGUGGUGAGAAGUGAUGGUUUUGUCGGUGGAUAUUACGGAUUGACGGUUCGUAGUUGGAGACUGUAAUAUUGGGUGUUGGCAAUGUGGUUUCAUUUGAGCUUGCUUUCUCCUGCAGUUUGAUUGUCAAUCGGCCGAG